UUACGCCUCAGAUCUCUCUGAAUGAGGUUUGGUACAGAUCUGUCAGAUUUGCCUGCUGGCAGUGGAAGCAGCUGUUUGGGAACAAGGAGAACUUGGGAUAAAUAUACAGACCCUUCAUUAUUCAGCGUAAUGAAUUCAUAUUCAUGUCUUUGGUCAACAGCUACCUGUGUCAAAGUUCUAUACCUUCCAUGGGUAAUUUAGCUACAAGAUACUAUCUAAAUGUUGGACUCUGAUGUGUUCCUCAGCUUUAAAACAGGCAUGGACAGACUUACGAUUUCUUCAUUAUUUCUUCUGUAAAGAAGGCAAGGUGCAGAGGGAAUUUGAACAAGUGAAAACACUUGACAAUUUAUGGAUUAAAUAUACUAAUAUUACACUAAGAAAAGGAUAUUUUACUAUUUGAAACUCACGACAUUUAUGUAGAUGCUGAUGUAUCAGCCUUAACCUUUUUGAUGAAUGCAACAGGUCUGUAAUUAUAACCCACCAAAUUUGUUUUCUGUGAGCUGAUUUCUAUAUUUAUGGAAUAUAUUUAACAGGAAUACCGAUGCAAGAGUGCAGGAAGGGGUCUGGAUCAUAUUUAAUAUGAAAUUUAAGACAGUUCUGUGCUGCUGAGGAUACUGCUGCAAUACAAUUAUAAAACAGUAGCAUAUACUCAUCUUAAAUCAACUAACAAGAAUGCAUUACUUCACAUUGGUUGUGCAGUUCUCCAUAGGGUUCCUUUGGAGUGGCUGGUUUCCUUUGCUCUUUGGGGAAUGUGGCCUUGCACAAAAUCAUGUGCACUCAAGCUUCAUUUAUAGAAAGUUGCGAAAUCAUGAGAGAAGGGAAAUUCAGAGAGAGAUUCUGUCCAUCCUUGGUUUACCACAGCGUCCCAGACCAUUUUCUUUGGGAAAACAGGCUUCAUCUGCCCCCCUGUUUAUGUUGGAUCUUUACAAUGCCAUGACAAAUGAAGAAGGCAGUGACAAUCUGGAGUAUACCUUGCAAAAUCAUCUCAGGAUGGAGAGCAGAGGAGUAAGUAAAAGGUAUCGAACAUACCCACUGGGAACUCAGUCAUACAGGACAACACGCCUUACAACUCAGAGCCCGCCCUUAGCCAGCUUACAUGACACCAACUUUCUAAAUGAUGCAGACAUGGUGAUGAGCUUUGUCAACCUAGUUGAAAAAGACAAAGAUUUUUCUCACCAAAGGAGACACUAUAAAGAAUUUCAGUUUGACCUCACUCAAAUUCCCCAUGGUGAAGCCAUUACUGCAGCUGAAUUCAGGCUCUACAAAGACAAGAGCAACAGUCGUUAUGAAAAUGAAACAUUAAAGAUCAGCAUUUAUCAGGUUCUCAAGGAACAUACAGACAGGGAUGCAGAUCUUUUUCUUUUGGACACAAGGAUUGUCGGGGCCUCUGAUGGAGGAUGGCUGGUAUUCGAUAUCACAGCUACUAGCAAUCACUGGGUCAUAAAUCCACAGUACAAUCUUGGGCUACAGUUUUGCAUUGAAACUUUAGAUGGUGGUCGUGCCAUCAGCAUGAAAUCAGCAGGUCUAAUAGGAAGGCAAGGACCACAGUCAAAGCAACCUUUCAUGGUUGCUUUUUUCAAAGCUAGCGAAGUACUUUUUCGUUCAGUUCGGGCAGCCAAUAACAACAAAAAGAAGAACCGGAACAAAUCUGGCGGCCAUCAGGAUUCCUCUAGAGCACAAAGUUCUAGUGAUUACAACACAAGUGAGCAAAGGCAGGCUUGUAAGAAGCAUGAAUUAUAUGUGAGUUUUCGGGACUUGAAAUGGCAGGACUGGAUUAUAGCCCCAGAAGGGUACUCUGCAUUUUAUUGUGAUGGAGAAUGCUCUUUCCCACUGAAUGCCCACAUGAAUGCAACAAACCAUGCCAUAGUCCAGACUCUGGUGCAUUUGAUGUUCCCCAACAAUGUUCCAAAACCUUGCUGUGCACCAACCAAGCUGAAUGCAAUCUCUGUAUUGUACUUUGAUGACAGUUCUAAUGUAAUCCUGAAAAAAUAUAGGAAUAUGGUGGUGCGGUCAUGUGGUUGCCAUUAGCACUGAAUUAACACAACAACAGAAAUAUUUUAUCUUUAAGGGAUUAUCAGUAAAUGUUCAACAUUGCCAGAAGUAAAAGACUGAUUUUAAGGUGUUUCUUUUCUUUUCAUAUGUACAGUAUUAUGUAUAUAGAACACAAAAUGUAUUUAUUUAUUUUUCUCCUUUUAUAUCCUUAUUUGCUUGUUCAUUGAAGUAGAUGAAACCUGAUUUAUGGAAUACAUUUUCCUUAUUCAUUUGAAGAGUAUUAAUUGCAUUUACAAUACAAAGAGUAUCUGAUGUGUUAUCAUCCACUAAGAUAAGAACUAUAAUAAUAAUGCAUUGCUCAGAAAUAGAUUACAGAUUAUUAUAAUUCCAAUAAAAGACAUGGUCAGAUAGUUCCUAAUAUUUUAGACAUGCCUAUGCAUACAUUUCCUGCAAAUCAUGCAUAUGUUGGGCUUGCAUGUUUUACAUAUUAAAUAUCCAGAAAUAACUGGAUGGGUCUCUUGCUGCAAUGUUCUUUUUUUCAGAUGAAUGUGAUUUUUUUUUAUUUUCUACAGUUUAUAUAUAUCUGGCAAGUCUUUCAUGAAUUAAUAUAUUUUUAAUCUAUUAAAUGUCUAUUUAGAAUAAGGAUACACAAUGUUCAUAGUAAUGACAAGUUAAACUGAGUUAGCAAGUUUCAAAAUGGGAAAUGACUACAUAAAGUAAAUAGUGUCAAAGCAUUUACCAAUCCUGAUCUAAACCUCCUCUACAGUUUUCAGUUCAUCUAUCAGAAGGAAAUUAGGGUAUUCUUCCCCUCCUCAGCUCGUCCCGUGUAAGUAAAUGUUCAUUUUUGUUAGACCAGAGUUUAUUGGCUGCACAAAUAGUUUGACACAAAAUGGAGAAACUGAAAUCAUAUAUCUCAUGCUGCAAAAUAGAUUGAUGCAGAUUACCCUUAAAUGCAGAUACUGGAAAGGAUUUGUAAUCUAUGUUUUGACUAAAAUUCCAUAUACCAUUUUGCUGUAUCAGCAGCACUGCUAUUUAUACAAGUAAUCUACUCUUUAUAUAAAUGAGUAGUGUUAUUUGAACUCUGUCAAAAUACAUUUUAGUUGUCUCAUUAUUCUAUAUUAAUUUAGCAUACAUUUAAAUGUUAUAUUAUCAAAAUACAGAGAUCAAACCUUAAAUAGUUUGUUAAAGAACACAUGAUCACGUAUAGGUUGAAUUCUGUCAGAUGUUAUAUUUACAUUUUCUGUACACUUUUUUUAUAUUUGCAAAUUGUAUAAUAUCUGUAUGGGAAUGUAAAAAAAUAAUAGCAAAAGAAAUAUUCAGGACUAUCUAAAUGCCGAAACAAGAAUAGUUUAUGUCCAUUCAAAUUAAUUUAGUGAAGAAGAUUCAGAUUUAUUGACAUCACGAUGAAUGCUGUAAACUGCUAUUCAUGCUACACAAGCUGCACAGUUUGUCCACGGUCAUAUUUCUGGAUGUAAGGACAUGUGACUGGUAGAUGUUCCACCAGGUGAAGGCAGAAAGGCAAAACUGUAAAGUAAAAGAAGUGGAAAGAGUGCUUAAUAAAGUAAUUACAGUAUUUUUCAUAGGAGCAAAGCUCCACUGGUCUACCACAAAGAGAUGCAUUGCACUUCUACAGUGAUUAUGCUCAGUUCUGUGGUCCCUGCAGAGCUAAAGAGAACUUUCCCAUUGCUGUCAACAUGUUUGGAUGAGAAUUCUGGACAAAGCCAAACAUAACUGAGGAGAGAUAAUAAGGAUCAGAUAAUGACAGAUUUUAAAUAUUGCUUUUAUAAACUGUGAAAUUUGUUAGAAUAAUGAGUUUUAUAUUAGCAUGCAUUUUUCUAAAGGA